AAAUAAGAAAAAGAAGAAGAAGAAGAAGAAGAAGAAGCAGCAGCAGCAGCAGCAGCAGAAGAAGAAGACUGCGCCUCACGCUUGCCUGGAUUGCAAAUAUCUCCCCAAAAUAUACCUGCUCUUUAUGGCAUGUGGCUUGUAACUUUACUCCUGCUGUACUCUCUGCAAGAAGUACACAGUGAGGAUGCGGCCUCGACCAGGCUGUACUUUGUGAACGCCUCGCUACAGAGGGUAACCUACUCCAGCUCGGUGGGGGUGUCCCUACCCUGUCCAGCAGGGGGCACCCCCAGCGCCAUUCUACGCUGGUACCUGGCCACUGGCGACGACAUCUACGACGUGCCCCACAUCCGUCACGUGUACGCCAACGGCACCUUGCAGCUGUAUCCCUUCUCGCCCUCCGCCUACAACAGCUACAUCCAUGACAACGACUACUUCUGCACUGCCGAGAACCAGGCGGGCAAGAUCCGCAGCCCCAACAUCCGCAUCAAAGCUGUUUUCAGGGAGCCCUACACGGUGCGGGUGGCGGACCAGCGGUCGAUGCGGGGCAACGUCGCCGUGUUCAAGUGCCUCAUCCCCACAGCCGUGCAGGAGUACGUCAGCGUCGUCUCCUGGGAGAGAGACACGGUCUCCAUCGUCCCAGGCAACAGGUUCUCGCUGACCUCGUUUGGGGCUCUGUACAUCUCCGAUGUUCAGAAGGAGGACGCCCUCUCCACGUACCGCUGCAUUACCAGGCAUAAAUACAGCGGCGAGACGCGCCAAAGCAAUGGAGCCAGGCUCUCUGUGAUGGACCCCAACGAGUCCUCACCCAGCAUCCUGGACAGUUUCCAAGGAGGCGAGGUGUAUGCGGGCCAGAGUAUCGAGCUCCCCUGCAUAGCGGGAGGUUACCCCAGCCCCACGGUGCGUUGGCUGAAAGACGGCCGCCCGCUGCCCUCGGACGCCCGCUGGACACGGCGUUUGACGGGGCUGACCGUCAGCGACCUGCGACAGGAAGACAGCGGCAACUACGCGUGCGAAGUCACCAACAGCUUUGGCUCGAAGGAAGUGUCUGGACAGCUUCACAUAAUAGAUCCACUUCGAGUCACCUUAUCCCCCAAGAAUCUGAAAACCGGAAUUAGCAGCACACUCUUCUUCACUUGCACUGUGGAAGGCUCUCCGGAAUACACCAUCAACUGGUACCGAAACACGGAACCCAUCUUCCCCGACCAGCACAUCUCCAUCCAGGGCCAACACAAUGACACGCUGCAGAUCACUGCAGCGCAGAAGUUCCACUCGGGGGCCUACCAGUGCUUCGCUUCGCGCAAGGGCCACACUUCUCAGGACUUUUCCAUCAUUCUGCUUGAGGACGGCACCCCUCGCAUCGUGACGUCCUUCAGCGAGCGGGUGGUGAACCCCGGCGAGCCCUUCUCCCUGGUGUGCGAGGCCAAAGGGGCGCCGCCGCCCUCCAUCACCUGGACGCUCGACGACGAGCCCGUGGUCCGAGACUCCACCUACAAGACCAGCCAGUACACCCAGUCCGACGGCCUGACCGUGUCCCACGUCAACGUCAGCAACCCGCUCAUCCGGGACGGCGGAGUUUAUCGUUGCGUCGCACGCAACUCGGCCGGCAGCGCUGAGUACCAAGCGCGCAUAAACGUAAGAGGUCCGCCCCGAAUCAGACCCAUGCGGGACAUGACGGCGGUGGCGGGCAGGAACACGUACAUAACGUGCCGUGUCAUCGGGUACCCGUACUACUCCAUUAAGUGGCUGAAGGACGGCAUGCAGCUGCCCGAUAAUCACCGGCAAGUGUUGUUUGACAACGGCACCCUGCGUCUGACGGACGUGCAGAAGGGCGCCGAUGAGGGCACCUACCUUUGUAGCGUUCUGAUCCAACCCCAGGUGUCCAUCAACCAGACGGUACACGUUACGGUCAAAGUGCCACCUCUCAUCCAGCCCUUCGACAUCCCCUCGACCUCUGUGGGGAAGCUGAUCUACAUCGCCUGCGUGGUGUCGUCCGGGGACAUGCCCAUACGCAUCACCUGGCACAAAGACGGCCAGCUCAUCGUGCCGGGCCCCACCUCCGGCGUUGCCAUCGAGACCAAAGAGUUCAUGAGCUCCCUCCAAAUCUCCAAGGUGACGCUGAAACACAACGGAAACUACACUUGCAUUGCCAGCAACGCUGCCGCCACCGUCAGCUGGGAGCGACAGUUGAUUGUUACCGUGCCACCACGUUUCGUGGUGCAGCCCAACAACCAGGACUGCAUCUACGGCAAAGCUGGAGUUCUCAACUGCUCUGUGGAGGGUUACCCACCUCCGAAGGUCAUGUGGAAACAUGCUAAAGGUGUCGGAAACCCCCAACAGUACCACCCAGUCCCUCUAACUGGUCGCAUCCAGAUCAUGUCAAACGGAUCGCUGCUGAUCCGACACGUGCUGGAGGAUGACCGCGGAUACUACCUUUGUCAGGCCUCCAAUGGAGUGGGCUCAGACAUCAGUAAGAGCAUGAUCCUCACUGUCAAGAUUCCUGCAAUGAUCACCAGCCAUCCCAACACCACCAUGGCCAGGAAGGGCCAGACCAAGGAGUUGAACUGCACGGCUCGAGGCGAGCAGCCCAUCAUCAUCCGUUGGGAAAGAGGGGACACGGUCAUCGACGCCGAGAGGAACCCCCGUUAUUCCAUCACCAUCAACAAGAAGGCCGAUGAAGUCAUCUCCACUCUGAAGCUGAACCCAGCGGACAGAGGAGAUUCUGUCUUCUUCUCUUGUCACGCCAUUAACUCCUACGGAGAAGGUCGAGGACUCAUCCAACUCACGGUGCAAGAACCUCCAGAUCCUCCUGAGCUGGAAGUAAGGGAGGUGAAAGACAGGAGCAUGAACCUACGCUGGAUCCAAAGAUUUGAUGGGAACAGUAUCAUCACAAGCUAUGACAUUGAGUACAAGAACAAGUCAGACUCCUGGGACCAUAUGUACACAACCAGGAACAUCUCACCCACCAACAACCAAGCCAACAUUGUAGAGUUGCACCCGGCUUGUGUAUACAGCAUCCGCAUGUAUUCCUAUAACAAGAUUGGCCGUAGCCUUCCGAGCAAAGAGCUGACAAUCAGUACAGAAGAAGCACCACCCGACGGGCCGCCAAUGGAUGUGAUCCUGCAGCCUAUGACGUCACAGAGCAUUAGGGUCACAUGGAGGGCUCCGAAGAAGGAGCUGCAGAACGGUGUCAUCCGUGGCUACCAGAUUGGCUACAGAGAAAACGGCCCAGGCAGCAAUGGCCAAUACAGUAUCGUGGAGAUGAAGGCUACUGGAGACAGUGAAGUCUACACACUAGACAACCUCAAGAAGUUUGCCCAGUACGGAGUGGUGGUCCAAGCCUUCAACAGAGCGGGGACGGGGCCUUCUAGUACGGAGAUCAACGCAACCACACUGGAAGAUGUGCCCAGCGAACCGCCGCAGAACGUGCGAGCCAUCUCGGUCACGUCGGAUGAGGCGGUGAUCACGUGGGCGGAGCCUCCACGGCUGACGCUGCACGGUGUGCUGAAAGGCUACCGCGUUGUGUUUUGGUCCCUCUUCCCCGACGGAGGUGGGUGCUGUGGGGGCCGGGCCCAAUGGCCAAUGCAGAAGUGGGGAGAGAUGCAGAACAUCACCACCACCCGUGAACAGGUGGAGCUGCGAGGACUGGACAAGUUCACCAAUUACAGCGUUCAGGUGCUGGCGUACACGCAAGCCGGCGACGGGGUCCGCAGCAACGUCCUGUACAUCCAAACUCGUGAAGAUCUUCCCGGUCCACCGGCUGGCAUCAAGGCAGUUCCUUCCUCUCUCAGUAGCGUGGUCGUGUCCUGGUUGCCUCCCCACAAACCAAACGGUGUCAUCCGCAAGUACACCAUUUACUGCUCCAGCCCAGGCUCCGGACAGCCGGCUCCCAGCGAGUACGAGGCCAACCCAGAGACGCUCUUCUACCACAUCACGCACCUGAGCCGAGGCAAACGGUACCACAUCUGGGCCGCCGCCGUGACGACCGCCGGCCGGGGCAACGUGAGCUCAAAGGUCGUCGUGGAGCCGGCCGGGAAAGUGCCAGCCAAAAUCCUGUCCUUUGGGGGGACGGUGACCACGCCCUGGAUGAAGGAAGUACGUCUGCCCUGCAAGUCCGUGGGGGACCCGGCCCCGAGCGUCAAAUGGACCAAAGACAGCGAGGACUCGGCCAUUCCAGUGACAGCCGACAGCCAGCGGCAGAUCUUAUCCAACGGCACGCUGGUGCUGCGUUCGGUCAAAGCCGAAGAUUCGGGCUACUACACGUGCACGGCCACCAACACCCUCGGAUUCGACACCAUCAUCGUCAAUCUGGUCGUGCAAGUUCCUCCGGAUCAGCCCCGCCUGACAGUCUCCACCACUUCCACCUCCUCCAUCACUCUGGCUUGGAUCCCAGGGGACAACGGUGGAAGUUCCAUCAGAGGAUUCGUGCUGCAGUAUUCAGUGGACAACACCGAGGAGUGGAGAGAUGUUUUCAUCAGCUCCAGCGAGCGUUCCUUCAGGUUGGACAAUCUGCGCUGUGGAACGUGGUACAAGGUCAAGCUGGCGGCAAAGAACAGUGUGGGCUCGGGGCGCAUCAGCGAGAUCAUCGAAGCCAAAACGCACGGCAGAGAGCCCGUCUUCAACAAGGACCAGCCGCUGCUCACCCACAUCAACUCCACCCACGCCGGCCUCAACCUGCAGGGUUGGACCAGCGGCGGCUGCCCCAUCACUGACAUGAUGCUGGACUUCAGGCCCAAAGGCACCUGGGCCUGGCAGAGCCUGAAGGCCAACUCCAGCACGCAGCUCUUCCUCAGCGAGCUGCGGGAGGCCACCUGGUACGAGCUCAAAAUGAAGGCGUGCAACAGCGCCGGCUGCGGCAACCAGAGCUCCCAGUUCGCCACCACCGAUUACGAUGGAAGUACAAUCCCGCCCAUCAAAUCCGCCCGCGGGGAGGGUGAUGACGUGAAAAAGUUGUUUUCCAUCGGCUCUCCUGUCAUUCUGGUCACCGUUGGCGUCGCUUUGCUCUUCAUCAUCCGCAAGAAACGUAAAGAGAAGAGACUGAAGCGACUUAGAGAUGCAAAGAGCCUUGCUGAGAUGCUCAUCAGUAAGAACAACCGCAGUAUCGACACUCCUGUGAAGGGCCCUCCUCAGGGGCCACGGCUCCACAUUGACAUUCCUCGAGUUCAGUUGCUUAUUGAGGACAAGGAAGGCAUCAAACAAAUAGGAGAGGACAAGGCGGCGGUCCCGGCGGCCGACACCGAGUUCAGCCAAUCCGUCAACCCGCAGAACUUCUGCACGGGCGUGUCUCUACACCAUCAAGCCCUCAUCCAGAACUCCGGACCUUUGAUCGACAUGUCGGACAUCCGUCCCGGCACGAACCCCGUUUCCAGAAAGAGCAUCAAGUCGGCUCACAGCUCCAGAAACAGAUACUCCAGCCAGUGGACGCUGAGCCGACCCAGUCAGAGCCAGUCCACAGCCUCCGCGCGAACUCUGACCUCAGACUGGCGGACCAUGGGCUCUCACGGCAUCACCGCCACCGAGAGUGACAGCUACAGCGCCAGCCUCUCCCAAGACACGGAUAAGGGUCGUAACAGCAUGGUGUCGACGGAAAGCGCCUCGUCCACCUACGAGGAGCUGGCCAGGGCGUACGAGCACGCCAAGCUGGAGGAGCACCUGCAGCACGCCAAGUUUACCAUCACCGAGUGCUUCAUCUCCGACAGCUCCUCCGACCAAAUGACCACGGGCACCAACGACCCGGCGGACAGCAUGACCUCCCUCAGCACGCCGUCCGAGCCGGGCAUCUGCCGCUUCACCGCCUCGCCGCCCAAACCGCAGGACUACGACCGUGGUAAAAACGUGGCUGUGCCCAUUCCUCAUCGCGCCAACAAAAGUGAAUUCUGCAACCUACCCCUUUACAUGAAGACGGAUCCGUUCUUCCGCAAGCAGGGCGAGCUGCACGACCCUUGCCCGGCCGUGCCCCCGCGGGAGGCGUCCAUCCGCAGCCUGACGCAGCGUGCCUAUCACACGCAGGGCCGCCACAAGACGCUAGACUCUGCCAAGCAGCAGGCGCUGACGCUGGGCCACUCCGGACUGGGCGGCUCGGGCGCCGGCUCGGGCACGGCCGCCUUGCCCCAGAGGACACUCGCCGUGCCCGGCUCCAACUCGGCGGCCACCGCCUCCACGUCCAGCACGAGCAGUAACCCCGCCAACGGCGGCAACAAGAUGGGCGGCUCCAGAGACUCGCUGCUGGAGGGCAGCUCCUCGGCGCUGGGCCGGCUGCAGAAACAGAGCGCGGGGGCUUACUCCAAGUCGUACACGCUGGUCUAGUCUCGCCCCUCGGCCCGGGCCUCGCUGGGCACGCCGCCGCGUUUUGUACCCAACUUAAGGUGAGCCGCCAGCCGCCCUCCUCCACAGAGACCCGUGCAGCUAACUUUGAUUUUCAAUCUCCACGUGGGACUCCGGAAAAGAACUACUAACCCUAACUAACAGUUACGGCCGGCUGACGCGAGUUCCGGAGUUGCGCGGCCAAAUAUUGAUGAUUGGCGUGGAGCAAAAAGCGGCGAGGACUUCGUGUCUCAUACGCAUAAUACGCGCGCGCGCACACAUACACAUUCACAUACACACACACACACACACACACACACACACACACACACCCAGUCCUUCAUUGUUUGAGUAUUACUGACCAUUUGGAGGACUUCCAGUUCAGUUCCUUAUUCUUAUUGUAUCUUUUGCCCUUCGUGUGUCUCUCGAAUAACUCCUGGCAAUUAUCCUGUAAAAGAAAUUGUUCAGGUUCACUCCAAGAAGAAGUCGCCAUUAUUUCUGCAGGUCGACUACGUUGUGAAGUCGGGACGACCCAAACGAAGCAUCUGCAAUUACCCCUCAUUGCAAAUGGAGAAUGUUUGCUAUUUAAAAAGAAGAAACGUAUAUAUUUCUAUGUAGGUAUAUUGACAUCUAAGGGAAACUAUGAUAAAGUAUAAAUGCUAUUAUGUACUACGGCAGUGGAGUAAUAUUUACAGAAAUGUCCAAUUUAAAAAGAACGAGACAAUCGCUCAAUCAUGAUAAAAGAAAUAGACAUUUAAUAAAGGUUUGACUAAAGAAAGAAUUAUGUAUGGAUGUUCCGAAUGACUAAGAAGUAGUAUAUUGUCAAUGUGUUGAACUGGGAAAAGCAAGAUAGACUCCUUAUUGUUUCCUAUGAGUAUUAUUAAUGUGUUGGGUGACUCGCACACUGGUCGGAGGUUAGCUGAGGUUCGGCUAACCUCGAUGUUUGCAUUUCAUGAAUAAAAUAAGUCCCAAGCGGCCGUCAGACUUCGGCCCUGUCGAUAACCAGCGGAUGCUACUGCUAUCGUCACGACAACGGCGCUCGGCGACGGCUAGUUGAAGGAAUCCCAGCAACGAUGUGAAAUAUUCUAACGUUUGGAGAUGUUUAAUGUCAGGGAUUUGAAAGUGAUCAAAUGGUCACUGGGUGAAUAUCUUUCUUGAUGUCCUGUAAAUGUCCCACCAAAUUGUACAUUCACACAAGAAGCUACUGGAAUGUCUCUCGGAAGCAUCUCCACGAUGGACUUUUGUGCUUUAUAUUUAUUUUGUAUCUGUUUCGGGGAAGGUUUUUUUUUUUUGUUUUUUUUUCCCCCCCCCAUUUUCACCGGAGUUAGUUUGGGCUUUGAUUCGAGACUAAAGUCAAGUGCGUGGCCUGUCAGCCAAAGCAAAUCAGGGAGCCGUAACUCUUUUGGUCACACAAACUGCUAUUCUGUAUAUAAAUAGCGAAUGUCAGAGUGACGCGUCCGGACUCCUGUCCUUCGCCCCCGCGCGGAUGAAUACAAGUUCCGAUAUCCUUUUUACCCCACAACCACAUUAGAUGCAGCAUCUGCUACCUUCGUCAGUCUUGUUUAUAGAUGAGGUCUUGUACAUAAAACACACUUUUGUAUGAAGAGCUAUUUUCGUCAGAAAGGUUGAGGGGACGCAUCACCGUUGAAUUCCCCAAUUCAAAAAUUGAAAUCGUCCAAAAUACAGUAUUUUACUUCUGAAUGGUCAAAACGUUUCUUUUCCUUCAUGUUUUGAUACUAAUUUGUUGAAUUUUUUUUAAAAUUCUUUUUUUAAGGUCUUUGAUGUUGGCCACUUGUCCCAUUAUUAUUAUUUUUUUUUUAAAUCCUAAUUUUGUAUUUUGUUGAUCCUCUAAGAAGUCAUUGCAUGCUUGCUAAAAGGGAAACAUUUGAAGGAAAAAAAUGUAUGAACAACAAAAAAAAUGUUGAGGGUAUCCCAAACAUGUUUGAGUUGCUUGUUAUAGCAAUUGCUUGUGUUCAAAAGUACAUUUUCUAUGAAAAGAAAGCAAAAACUAAAAAGAUCGUUCUAACACCUUGUGCAAUAAAGCUAUCUUUCAUACGU